GUUCGCGGCUCAAAAUGGCGCACGCGUUCACACGCGACUGAACACGAACCACUGUGACACAUAAUCGAUCUCUAUAACGGGUAAAAACAGCCUGGAGCUGCUGGAAAUAUUAUUAAGACUACUGUUAAACCAAUACAGGAAUCAUCAUCGACGUCCCCAUCAAGCACUGGCAUUUCUCACCGUUAGAAACCACAUCUGAGAUGUGUUGCUAGGGCUGUGAGAGUCUUCGGCGAUGCUGCUGACGUGGAAACACACGCUUACUUCUGAAGUUCUAACGAAAAGGCAUUUUAACUAGAACGCUCGUUAUGAACGCCAACGGCUUUAUCGACUGGGACUUUUCAUUUCGACAACCAUCCUGCGUCAGUUUUUAACUCUCAAACUUCUCCAAUUCUGAGACUCGUCUUCAUCUCUUCCCCUGUUUUUAGUGGAAAACACUCAUCUCGCUGGCUUUCUCAGCAGAUUCACAUUUCUGAUGAGAAACUGAAAGCCAGAAGAUCUCAAAUUUUAAUCCCAGGCUGCGAGCUCAGUGUGAACACCAAACCUGUGAAGGAGAAAUGGAACGAAACCCAACACAAUGAUUGAUCAUUAGUUUGAUGCAUCCAUUAUAAAUGAUUUUGUGGAAGCAACUAAGGCAUAUCUUUAUGAUAAUUGGGGCUCAGGAGGAGGAGGGGACGUGAGGUCACUUCCUGUGUUGGGGACGCCGGGGGUCUAUAUAAACCCUGGGACCUGAGCGUCUGUUGGUCAAUCUUCUGCAGGAGAGCAGACGAGAGAGAGACGACACCUCGAGGCGUUUCAGUGUUUCUGCUGAUGAUGUUGAAGACACAGAGAUCUCAGCAGCGCGUCGCUCUCAUGAUACUGAUGGUGAUCACAGCCGUGCAGUGUCAGGAGGACCAGAGCAGGAGGGCGGUCACAGAGCAUCAGCUGAUGCACGAUCGCGGUCGCUCCAUCCAGAGUCUGAGGCGCUUGAUCUGGCUGUCCAGCGCCAUCGAGGGGCUCCACACUGCGCAGGCGCGCGCACUGAGCGCUGUCGAGGACGAGCCGGACAGCAGGUGGCGCGCGCAGCCCAAGAGAGCGCUGGAGACGCUUCUGAGUGACGUGUACAGACCACACCUCCUCAACGCUGCGCUCGGAGACGGAGAGAAAUAACAUCAUCUCGAAGACACGUCCGAGUCACCGAGGACUGUCCACCCGUCUACACUGAUGUCUACACUCAUUAUGAUCAACAAUACUCUGUUAUACACAAACCACGCUGAUUAUAACGCAGGCGAUGUAGCUGUGUCUCCACUGCGCAGACGCAGAACUGCUGCUGUGUAAAUCUGUCUGUCAGUCUUUAAACAUUUAUAUUUGAGACAUGCUAGAUACCAUGGUACUUCAAACACACCACCUAGUGUCACAUAUGGUUUCCACAAAGUACUUUAUGACUGUAUUUAUUUACACACGUGCAUAAUGAUGGUACUUUUUUGGGUGGAAGUAUUUCUGGUGUGCAUUUAUUCAUCGGAUGUCAUGGUAUGCGUGUUUGACGGGGUUCAGAUAUUUAGUAAAUCAUUCUUGCUAUUAUAUUUAUUUAUAUGGAAGGCUAUGAACUGAUCGGUUUUUGUUUUUACUAUGUGUGCGCGAUUAAAGAUGCUUUUAAGUAAA